GGCAGAAGAAAAAUCACCAGGCCGGUAUUGACUAUUGUAACAAUAUCUUGCACAUAUGCAACUAACGUCAAGUCCUAAAUUAAUUCAAUUCCAAGUAUCAUCCUGGGUAGAUGAGCAGAGUUUUGCAGAAUUCAUUCGAGUGUGAGUUAGCGUCUCUGCAAAAAGGAAUUUCUUCAUCACAGUUCUUCCGCGACCAAUAAUCCCGUAUUCGAGUUUGCGUAGUGGAUUGAUUACAGCCCUGCAAAAAUGGUCAAUUCGGAUUUCGUACAGCAGUUUAAUGAAAAUGGAUAUGCGGUCAUACCGAACUUCCUCUCCGACGAGGAGAUCGUCGAAAUGAAGAAGACUAUGGCUCGGAUCGUGGAUGAAAUGGAUCCCAAAGAGCACAGCAGUCAUAUCUUCCAUUUGGAUGACAAAACCUGCAAAAGCCGUGACGAGUAUUUUCUGACCAGUAACGACAAAAUCCGCUUCUUCUUCGAACCGAAAGCGGUUGAUCAGGAUGGCAAUCUGACCGUGCCGAAAAGCCGAUCGGUGAAUAAAAUCGGGCACGCACUCGCUUGGUUGGAGCCGGUAUUCAAAAAGAUUACAUUCGGUGAGAAGGUGAAAGAUGUAUGCCGGCAGCUUGGCCAUAAAGAUCCCAGAGUCGUUCAAAGCAUGUACAUCUUCAAAAAUCCAGUAAUUGGGCAAAAAGUAUCCACGCAUCAAGAUUCUACUUUCCUGUACACCGAUCCGCCAUCAAAUCUCCUUGGAUUCUGGUUUGCUCUGGAUGAUGCAGCAGUGGAAAAUGGUUGUUUGUACUUUCUGCCGGGAACUCAGAAUGUGAAUCCUACGUCCCGCUUUGUGCGCACUCCAAAUCCGGGAACAACUGGUGACCUGACGAUGAUCCGCGGUGUGGAGCCGGAUUAUCCACUGGAUCAGUUCAAACCGGCACCGGUUUCCAAAGGCUCCUUGGUCCUCAUCCACGGUAAUGUCAUCCAUCGAAGUGAAGAUAACACUUCCGAUCUGCCACGGCACGCCUACACCUUUCACGUAGUGGAUCAUCAUAAUGCCCAGUACAGCAAAGAAAACUGGUUACAGCCAAGCGAAGCGCUUCCUUUCCCAAAAUUAUAUGACGUCAAGGUUUAAAAACAGUAUAACCUGGAAGCAGUUGGAGAAACGUCACUGAAGAAACUGUUGACAGCGCGUUGGACUUGAUAAUAUACUUUGCUUGUGUGUUUCAACCAGCCGGCAGACUUAUCAUUCGAUUUUAUUUCCGUAUUUUACUAUUUAGUUUGUUUUGGUUUCGCGAUUUUACGGAUUUAUGUACUUACCUAACAACAUCAUUUUGCUCAGUUAUAGCUGAUACCGGUUCAGCUACUUGGCAAAAUAUGUUGCGUUCUACAGCUAUGUACGGUAGAUGCUGUGUACUGUAGAUGUAUGUACAAGUAGAGCUCAUGUUUUUGCGACGAAAACAAAAAUUUGCUUCUUACCAUAAGAGUUUUGGUGGCUUCGGUUUACAAUU